AUGAAGUUGCUGGGGGUGCACGUCAUCUCAGCGGACAGCCACACGGCCAAAGAAGGUGCCGCGGUCCAGUGGUUCUGGAUAGUGCUGCUAACGUUGUUGAGAAUCUAUUUCAUUUUCGUCACGCUUCGGACCGACGCUUGGGGUCUCAUUCAUAUCUCCAGCUCCGGCCUGGUCGAGCAAAGUAUGGCCAUCCUAAUGCAGCUGCCUUUCUUCGCACUGCUCCUGACACCGUGGUUGUUCCAGGCCCACAAAGUGCGUAUCCUGCGCAUGUUCUCCGACCUCGAACGGUUUGAUGCGGAGAUUGCGAAACUGUGCUGCUGCAGGAACUACCAAGUGCAUCAUCUUCUCGGGUCGCUCAGCACGGUGAUGUGCUGCAUUUUUCAUCCGAUCUUUUUGGCCGGCAUUCGGGGCGUCGAGUUUUGGAGCGAUCACUUCAUGGCCGGCGCUUUUAUGUCCUACUGUUGGUCCGGCGGGAUCUGUUUCUACAUGAUGUUCAACCUUUUGCUGUACUUCGUGUGGACACGCGCAGAGACCAUCAACCACGUGCUGAAGAAGCUAACGUACCGUAUCGACUCUGAGUGUGAUGUGCAGGAAACGUUGCGAUUGAUACGCACGCUGAGGAAGCUGCAGGACAAACUGUGUGACGUCACGCACGACUGUUCGGUCAGCUAUGGCACACCGAUGGUAAUGCUGAUGAUCCACAUCCUGGUCAGUUUGCUAGUGGCCACUUUCGCCUUUCUGCGGGUAGUUUUCUACCGCUACAUAGCGGCUGAAGCUUACGACGCUGCGUUCUACAUGGUAGGGACUGUGCUCUACUCUGCACUAUCGAUCAUGAGCAUUGCCCUGGCGGGCGAGCUUCGCAAAUGUUCCAUCAACACGUGGAAGCUGGUUCAUCGGCUCAUCAACCUGACCACGUCGGCGGAGAUCGAGGACGAGCUACAGUGGCUGUCGGAGCAAAUGUCUCACCGUCUGCCGAGCAUUGAUUUGCUGUUUUUCGACGUCGAUUGGCUCCUGCUGGUUAGGGCCACCGGCGAACUGGCAACGUAUUUGAUCAUAAUGAUACAGUUCGAUGCGAUACAAUAA